AAAAUAAAACCAAAAUCAGUCCACGUCUGCUUCUCUUUAUCAAAAAAUCCGGUAAAGUUACGUUCCAACAAAACGACGACGCUGUGUAACCGACACGUCCAAAAUGGGAGCCGUUUUACACUUUUUUAUUCGCUGAAUAGAUGACUCUUUGUUAAUUUAAUUUUCUCAACUACCAUGGCUGCCGCCGCUGUGCCGGAGAAAAUCAUGACGCCGUCGCCUCCGCCGCUGCAACAUAUGCAUCUCUCACCUUCUACUUCCCGGCGCAGCCUCGACCUCGCCUCUGAUAGUGAUGCUCCUCCCGAUCGCCGCUCUUCCAUUGAUCUUCUCUCUUCUUCGACAUCUAGCCCUUCCCGAUCAUCUGAAGCUCAGAAUCAGCUGGCUAUGAAGAGUGAAGAGUAUCGACAGCUUUUUCGUCUACCAUCUGAUGAAGUCCUGGUUCAAGAUUUUAAUUGUGCCCUGCAAGAGAGUUUUCUACUUCAGGGUCAUAUGUACCUCUUUGGCCAUAGUAUUUGCUUCUAUUCCAACCUCUUUGGCUUUGAGACAAAGAGAAUAAUUCCUUUUCAUGAGAUUACGGCUGUACGAAGAGCUAAAGCUGCGGCCAUAUUCCCGACGGCAAUAGAAAUAGUAGCCGGAGGAAAGAAGUACUUUUUUACAUCCUUCCUGUCUCGAGAUGAAGCUUAUAAGCUUAUCAAUGAUGGUUGGCUACAACACAAUGGUGCAGCUAAAGAGUCUGCGGAUCUGGAGCCAAAAUCUGAUCUGAACAUCCUAGAUAAUGGAAUAGUAGAAGGAGCAGAUAGUUUCAGGCAGACUAUGGAGGGGGCGAAAUCCGUCGGAAGGAAUAAGGACAAUAUGGUACAAGAUGACUCAAAGACAUUAAUGAAUGGUGAAUUUGAAAUUGCAUCAAACCCUUCAGGAGUGCAGGACAAUGUUGAAGAAGAAGCGGUUAUUGUUCAAAAAACUGAUUGUUCAUCAUCUGGAACGUCCUCUGGUUUGAAGCUGGAGGAUUCCGAUGCACCUAGGGUCCCUGAAUGCUUUACACUUGUUGCGGAGGCAAAGUUUCCGGUUACUGUUGAAAAGCUCUUUGAACUCUUCAUUUCAGAUGACAGUGUUGCUUUCCAGGAGUCAUUCCGUAGAAAAUGUGGUGAUAAAGAUUUUAAGUGUACACCGUGGCGUCCUCAUGAAGAAUUUGGGCACACUCGUAAUAUAUCGUUUCAGCAUCCUAUUAAAAUCUAUUUAGGUGCAAAAUUUAGUGGCUGCCAUGAGGUUCAAAAGUAUCGUUGUUACAGAAACAGUCACCUGGUGAUCGAGUCAUCACAAGAAGUCAGUGAUGUUCCUUUUGCAGACUAUUUUCGAGUGGAGGGUUUUUGGGAUGUAAAGAAGGAUGGGGAUGGAUCUGAAGGAGGCUGCAGUUUGAAGGUGUACGUAAAUGUGGCAUUUUCAAAGAAAACCAUUUUUAGAGGGAAGAUAGUGCAGUCUACAGUUGAUGAAUGUCGAGAUGUAUAUGCCACAUGGAUAGCACUUGCACAUGAAGUGUUGAGGCAAAAGAAUUUAGAGAAGGAAGAAGUUACUCAUGUGGUAACAAGUUCUCAGCCGAAAGAAAGUUCUGAACAUGUGGAAAAAUUAGAUGAGACUAGUAAUGAAGUCAGGUCACAAAUGCCGCCGCUCAACCAGCAAGCUGCAGAUUCCCUGCAGGGUAGCUGUAGCAGUACUUUGUCCGUUAUUUCCUUGUGUAGAGGUUUCAUACUCAAGUGUUCAUCAUCUUUAAAAUCUCAAAGCCAAGCUUCCAUUCUUAUAGUGAUCACCAUUGCUGUGAUUCUGCUUCUAAUGCAGAUGAGCAUAGUCGUGUUAUUAGGUAGACCGCAGCACGUCCACGUGAUACGUCAAGGGGACUGCGCAAGUAGCAUGUAUCAACUAGGAGAGACGGGUGUGGAUACACUAAGUUUUCUGGAUAGGAAGAUUAAUCAUCUAAAAGAUGAGAUGCUUAUGGUCGAAGUACUGCUCGACAAAAUGAAGCAGGAGUAUACACUUCUAGAGACGAAACUGAAAGAGUUUGAGCACCUACGGAAGCUACAGACAGCAUAAACGAGCUGUGUACAUAGAUGCUGCUGGUGCUUUUGUCCAUUUUUAUCUUAUUUUUGGACGUUCAUGUAUAUUUGGAAUUACUACAUGGUUGCACUGUCUACAGAAAUAGUAAUAAAACAAUUGUAAAUAUAUCACAGAUGCAUGCAUCCUAAGAGCUUUUGUAUCAUGAUUUGAAUAAUCUUUGUUAAGAAUGGUAAACAUCCACGUGACCAUGAUAAGAAUAAUCUUUUGUUGAGAACA